CUAGUAAAAUAGUGUGACCACACCGCCGGAAUAGAAGAACGUUUUGCAGAAACUACGGAAACCAAUUGGCCAAAUCCUUUCAAUACCAUGGGUGACCGGCCAAAUUUGAGAUAACACGAGAAGGAUGCUACCCCGAGCCAUCCUCCCGAAGCCUACUGGUCACGAAAACAACCGCUCCAAGCCCGCGCCGCUGAAGAAGAAGGCGCCACCACGGACUUACAGGUGCGGCGUUUGUUUGGCGGAAUUUUCCCGCCAUUUGGCCACCAAGCGUCACGAACAGCAAUGCGAAGCCAAGUUGAGGAAGCUGCACGUCUGCCGGCACUGCCUGACGCUCUAUGGCGACGAGGCCCGACUGCAGCGUCACCGGGAGAGGAAGCAUCAGGACGGGCAGUUCCUCUGCCUGCAGUGCGGUAAGCGAUACUCUUCGGCCACGUUCCUGUACCGGCACGUAGUCUCCUGGCAUGGCAACCAUGCCAUCUUCUACUGCUCCCUGUGCGCCGACAACUGCAACGACGCCAAAACCUUUGCCGGAAUGCGGCAGCUCCAGGAGCACGCCGCCGAGGUCCACCAACUGGGCAGUACCGCCCUCGACGAGGCCGGCAGCGAGGCGGAGAGUCUGCUGGACGAUACCGAGGACCUGGAGAUGCUGGAGGAGAACAUCGAGGACAUGCUGCCCAACAUAGACUGGGGCGACGACCUCGCCUUCGACUGGCCCACGGACCUGGACAAGGACGCCUGCAUCUCGGAUGCCAAGCCCAGCGUAUUUGUGUGCCCCGUCUGCGCCAACGGCUUCUCCGGCAGCCUGAGUCUCAUCAGGCACAUGGAGCGAUCCCAUCAGCGCAACCCCCUGGAGUGCUGCUUCUGCGGCCGGACGCACAACACCCGGGAGGCGGUGCGAUCUCACCUGCAGCGCGUCCACAUCCUGGUGCGCCAGCACGUGUGCGGCGUCUGCCAGGCGGACUUUGCCACCGCCGACCACCUGCGCAAGCAUGUCAACAGCCAGCACCUGGACCACCGGCCGCACCAGUGCCUCCUCUGCGGCAAGACCUUCGCCCAGCGCGGCCAUCUCGUCCAGCACCUGAAGACGGACCGGGGCCACGGCCGGAACCAGUUUGUCUGCCAGCUGUGCCAGUGGCCCUUCUACCGGGCCACCGACCUGGAGCGACAUGUCAACGAGAAGCAUGCCUAGGAGGUGAGAGUCUGUGUUCCGGACCAGAGAUUAACUUUAUUAUUCUUCGAGGCCUUGUAUAUUAGAUAUUUAGAGUCUUAAGGAAAUGUGUGUUCAGGGCUUAUGAAUAAUUAUAGGGCUAUGUUAAUUAUUUUUUAAACUAAUAACUAAUAACUAUAAACUACACUAACCUUAAAACUAAUAACUAUCGCUUGUUUUAGUUCCUAUUUCAGUUAAAUAGAAAAUUAAAUUAAUAAAUGAAGAGAUAGGUUUAUGAGCCAGUUAUUUUGCUCCAUU